CAGGACAGGGAGAGCAGCAUCCUGGAGUUCCAGACCCCUUCCUCAGAGGUCUUCAAGCACAGAUGAGAACUGGGGAGGCAAAAGAUAGCCAAAGGAAGCAGAUGCAGCUCCAGAGCAUCCCUACACCAUAGUCCCUGCUGGAGGGGAGGAUUCACCCAAGGCCCAGAUGGCCUUGAUGCAAUUUGUUGUGACACAAAAAAAAUGAUGCAGCCAUUAAUAACAGUGCCAGGAGAGAGGCUUUAGCCAAAAGUAAUUUACACCUUUUUUUGCACAGCUCCUGGAGUUCAGCAUGAAGGAAGCAAGCAGGUAACUGGAAAAAUUUACAAGCUUGUGCUUGCAGGAAACCCAACUGCAAGUCAUAUUUUUGAACUAUGAAUCUGGGGAAUACCUUCAGAAUCCCACAAAAGGUAUCUAAAGGGUAUCAAAAGGGCUUCUUGAAGCAGCUGGGUUAUUUUCAUGGUCACAGAACUGAUAAAGGUUGACAAUGCCCAGACUGAAUGGUCUUCAGUUGUGGAAGUGCACUGCUAUGGUAGAAGACAAGAUCCAAUUCCUUUACAGACACUUUCACAGUGAUGGGCAGCUUUGCCUGGAGAUGUCUCAUCCUACUUUUUGUGCAUCUACACAGAGCAGUUCCUCCAAAUGAGCUGCUAACCAGCAGUUUGGAGCACAGAAAGUUCCAGUUAAACUUGCUGCACUAACACUGGGCACAGACACAACCCUGCACUUCAGAAAAUCCCAUUCUCCAGCUCCUCCCCUACAUGGUACCUCACUGAAUAAUGCACCUGGCUUGAAACUUAAGCACAUAAUGGCUCUGUGCUUCUGUCAUCAUCAGGACAUCACUCCAGUUCCCAUGAGCUUUACAUGGCUCUUCUACCAAGUCUGAAGGAUGCUGAUGUGAAACCAUUCAAGUCAGCAAGACAUAUACUUGCUUCACUGGACCCAAACUAUCCCCCUGCAUUCCUCAGCAUUUGGGGACCAGGGAGUAGCUCAGGUUUUCUUUAUAACCCAAGUGAAUAGGAAAUUCUUCACAUUCCAGGUCUGUAUAAGAGGGUCCUGCUACUAAUGAAGCUUUGCCUCACUUCUCUAUCUUGGCCCUCUGUCAACAUAGAGAGUCACAAUCAACCUGAGCUGGCAUCUUUCCAUCACUCUGGACAACUAGCAUGUCAAAUUAUAAGCAACUACAGAUCUGGCCACCAUUGUGUCUCACAACAGUGGACCUAUUUUGUUGCAGCUAAUAGUGCUGCUCUAUUGACUUUCAAGCCAGCUGGAGGGAAUAAAUUGCUGCAGUUUAUUCCCAUACAGCUGACAUUCCCGCCAUGCCAUCACUCACAAGCAGGGAUCUGAACAUUAGAAAUGUAACCCACCACCCCAGACAGCCUUCAGUCCUUGGAGGGGAGUUGGUGGAGACAAGACUUUCCACUUCAAGACUCAGCUCUGACUCAAGCUGCUGGCAGCAAGAGCCCCAAAACCAAACUGAUGCCUUAGAGAGGUUCACAGUGUAAAUCCAAAGGCUAAGCCUCUUUGCAAGUCCCAGCAUUCUGACAGGGCCAGAGGAAUGUCACAAUGCAGAGUCCCUCAGCGAGCCUGACCGGGUCUGCCUAUGGAAGCACACCUGUGUUCACAAAGGGUCUACAAAACAUAAGAGCUACGAAGGGUCAAUUAGUGGUAUUUGAAUGUCGCAUUCGUGCUACACCCACCUUACAGGUUCAUUGGUACAGAGAAUACGAUCAGAUAAUAGAUUCUGCCGAUUUCCGAAUACUACGAAAAAAGGCUUGUUCAUCAGCAGUUCCUGAGGAAGUCUGCACCCUAGUUAUUACAGAAGCUUUUCCAGAAGACUCUGGAAUAUUUAAAUGUGUUGCUGAAAAUGAAUUUGGAUCUGCGGCAUCCAGCGCACGUCUCUCUGUUUCCCCAGGAGCAAAAGAGCUGGAAAGCUUUGCAGGUGCUGCCCACAGGCCAGCUGUGCAAGUCACCAUGAAGAAACCCACCUUCCCUAGGAACAUCCAAACAGGAGCCAAGGACCGAGAUGUGGCUGCCCUGCCAUCCUACGGCACAGAGAGCCCAGGGCUGGGCGGUCGAGCAGAAGCCACAAACUUUGAUCAGAUGAACUCCGAGAGUGAAGCUGAAGAUUUUCAUGGAGCUUAUGAGAAUUCAUCUCAGGCUUCAUCUCUGCGGGAAAAUCCACACCAAGAAAGCCUCUAUUCUGCAAGGCAAGGGUUCCAUUCUAUCCAGGAGCCCAGCCAAGAAAGCUUUUGUGGCCUACCACCUAGUUUUUACCAGUCACCUAUCCAAAGCCAAUUAUCUCCAACAAAAACCCAGGACAGCCGUGAAACCUCUCCUAUGAGUGUCCCUAAUUUACCAUCCAUUUCCUCUAUGUGCCAGCCAACCAUGUUUAACUAUGAACGUCCAAAACACUUUAUCCAGUCUAAGAAUGUGUGUCAAGGGCAACAGCAGCCUCCGGGACCCGCAGCUUCAACUGAGUCAAGCAAACAAAUCAAACAGUCCUCCAUCCUAAUACAGCCUCGUAACCCAAGUGGGCAGAAAUUCUCCUCCUCGUCAUCACUGAGCUCUUCAAUCACGCUCUCCUCGCCUUCCUGUAGUGCCCCUAAGGAAUCCACAUAUCCCGUCACACCUGCAUCUGCGCAGUCUCCUGCUAGCUCAUCAUCCGGGCAACGGCUUAUAUCCACGCCUAACCAACCCCCCGCAGCAUUCCUGUGCUCAGUGCUACCCUCGCAGCCCGGCUAUAACAGCCAAACUCCUUCUCCUAUGGAACCUCAUUACUCACAACCAAUGUAUAACAAACAAGCUAGCAUCAACUCUAUGCAGAAGACAUCAGAACAAGAAAUUCGAGGAACAAAAGAGGCCCUCAUUCAGGACUUGGAAAAGAAACUCCGAUGCAAAGACAACCUUCUCCAGAAUGGCAACCAGCGAUUGACUUAUGAAGAAAGAAUGGCUCGCAGGCUGCUCGGACCAGUAAAUGCUGCAUCUGUGUUGGAAGCACAAAGCGAAGACAACAUGCAGAACGUGCAACAUCAGAACGCAGAAAACAUCAGGCUGCAGGUUCCCACAACGCAUGUAAGGAGCAGACCGUCCUCAAGAGGCGAUGACCGCGGACAUGACUCCAUCCAGGAAAAAUUUUUUCAGCCACGUUUUACACAAGUGCCUGAAGACGUAAUUAUUGAGGAGGGGCGAUUCUGCAGGCUCGACUUCAAAGUUAGUGGGCUGCCGACUCCAGAUGUAAUGUGGUAUCAGAAUGGAAGGAUGGUUCAUCAAGAUCAGUUCCAUAAAAUGAUAGUGUCAGAAAAGGGAUUCCACUCAUUUAUUUUUGAAGCAGUCAAAUCAUCUGAUGCAGGGACAUACGAAUGUGUGGCUGUCAACCGUGCAGGAGAAGCAUCUUUCGCAGUAAAAGUGGAAGUAAUUGCAAAAGAACAUCACACGCCUCCAACUUUCAUCUUCAAGCCACAAAGCAAAAAAGUUUUUGAAGGUGAUACAGCCAGACUUGAAUGCCAGAUCUCUGCUAUCCCAACACCCCGGAUUUACUGGAAAAGAAACAACGAAAUGGUACAAUAUAAUACAGACCGAAUAAGCUUGUUACAUGACAAUACUGGAAGGAUUUGCCUCCUGAUUCACAACGCAAACAAGAAAGACGCUGGCUGGUACACGGUCUCUGCCGUCAACGGAGCCGGUGUGGCCACGUGCCACGCCAGGCUGGAGGUCGCAACACAUGCGAACAAGCCAAUUCCAGCCCCAAAGCAGUUACGGGUUCGACCAACUUUUAGCAAGUAUUUGGCACUUAAUGGAAGAGGACUGGACGUGAAACAAGCUUUCUCACCAGAAGGAGAGUUUCAGCGUUUGGCUGAGCAGUCUGGACUGUACGAAAGCGAUGAACUUUAACUGGAAAUGAAGAGGAAAGCUCACAUCUAUAAGAGACAAUUACAACAUAGAUGCAGUUAACUGGUGAUUGCUCUAAUUAGCAAAAUACCUAUCUACAUAUUUUUACUUUGACUCUUGCACAUUCAGCUGUUCCCAUUUUACCAUGUUAGAUUUUAUUUAUAUGGUUUGGUAACUAUAACCAUUUACUGAGUAUUGUAUUUUAACUAUAAAGCCUAAGAAAGCAGGCUCAUUAGUUCUUACAUGUGUGGGUGGUUUUAGUUCCACCUGUGCUUGGUUACAUGCUAAAGUAGAUUGGUUUGUACUGCUUCUCUAAUAUCACUAGAUAAUAUCAGAAGUCUGUACUGUCGAAUAGACUAGACUAGAGUGUUUUUAUGAGAAUAAACAAGAGGCAAAUAAAACUUUAAAUAACCAA